AUGUCGCAGAAUAACUCGAGGAAGAGAACCUUAUCCACCCAGGAGGCUGAUGAGGAAGGUUUCGAUGCUCAUAUUCCUUCAGGAAACUCGUCUCCUAGUCAUAAUUUACCACCAUCUUCACCAGCACCAUUCGAUCCAUAUGAUGAUGGCGAAGAACCAGAUAUCGUCGAUGAUGACAUUGAUGAUAUUGAAGAACGUGUUAAUGAAGUUGAUUUGUUCGACGAUAAUAUCAGGCGUGACUACCUACCUGAUGCUAGCCAGGAUAAAUAUGCCUCAUCUGAAGUCGACGAUGGCGAAUAUAAUGAAUUAGAUAUCUCUUCUAGAAGAAAAGUCGACCGUGCUUUAGACGCCCGUGAUCGUUUAAUUCAGCAGCAGAAAGCCAGAGGUCAGGCAUUCUUGGAUGAGGAAGAAGAAGAAGAGGAACAGGAAUUGGAUCAAUAUGGUUUACCAGUUCAAAGAAGACGUGUCAGAACCCAAUAUGAUGAAGACUUUGAGAUGUCUGAGGAUGAAAUAGAUCCAUUAUCUGAAGAAAUAUCUUUAGACGCUCUUGCCGAUAUUAAGGCACCAAGCAUCCAGGAAUGGAUUAUGGAACCAGCCGUGUCCAGAUCUAUUGCUAGAGAACUUAAGAGUUUCUUGACAGAAUUUACUAAUGCAGAAGGUAAAUCAGUAUACGGUUCGAAGAUUCGUGUUUUAGGUGAAGUAAACUCCGAAUCUUUAGAAGUAGAUUUUGCCGAUCUUGCGGAAGCCAAACCAAUUAUUUCCUUGUUCUUGUCCACUUGUCCGGAACAAAUUUUGAAGAUAUUUGAUAUCAUUGCCAUGGAAGCGGUCUUAUUACAUUAUCCAGAUUAUAGUAAUAUCCACAGUGACAUCACUGUGAGAAUUGUCAACUAUUUCCCAAAUAAUUAUACCCUCAGAGAAUUGAGAGAGAGUCACUUGAAUACAUUAAUUAGAGUCUCGGGAGUUGUGACUCGUAGAACCGGGGUGUUCCCACAAUUGAAAUAUGUGAAGUUUGAUUGUUUGAAGUGUGGUCAAAUUCUUGGUCCGUAUUACCAAGACUCUCACACCGAAGUCAAAGUCAACUAUUGUCCAAACUGUCGGUCGAAGAAUGGCUUUAGAGUUAAUAACGAAAAAACCAUCUACAGAAACUACCAACGUGUUUCUGUUCAAGAAGCUCCGGGAUCUAUCCCUGCUGGUCGUUUGCCAAGAAAAAGAGAUGUCAUCCUUCUUGCGGAUUUGGUCGACGCUGUGCAACCUGGCCAACACGUUGAAAUCACUGGUAUUUACAAGAACUCUUACGAUGGUACAUUGAAUGCGAAGAAUGGGUUCCCAGUUUUUGCUACCAUUAUCGAAGCCAACUCCAUAAAAGUUGACGGGUCUGGAUCAACCACUGAACCAUCAAGUAAUAAUACUAUUGGUGACAAGAACCGUUUGGAAUUGUUCACUUUUACAGAUGAACAGGAGAAGCAAUUCCGCAAGCUUAGCAAUGAACGUGGUAUCAUUGACAAAAUCAUUAACUCUGUUGCCCCAUCCAUUUAUGGCCACCGUGACAUCAAAACUGCGGUCGCUUCUUCUUUGUUUGGGGGUGUUGCCAAAGAUAUCAAUGGUAAGCAUUCCAUCAGAGGGGAUAUUAAUGUGUUAUUGAUUGGUGACCCUGGUACUGCCAAAUCUCAAAUCUUGAAAUAUGUGGAAAAAACUGCCCAUCGUGCAGUGUACGCUACUGGUCAAGGUGCUUCUGGUGUCGGUUUGACCGCAUCAGUUAGAAAAGAUCCAAUCACUAAUGAAUGGGUUCUUGAAGGUGGGGCACUUGUGUUGGCUGAUAAGGGGACCUGUAUUAUUGAUGAAUUUGAUAAGAUGCACGAUAGGGAUCGUACUUCUAUCCACGAAGCCAUGGAACAACAAUCUAUCUCUAUCUCUAAAGCUGGUAUUGUUACCACCCUUAAAGCACGUUGCGCGGUAGUUGCUGCCGCCAAUCCUAUUGGUGGUCGUUAUAAUUCGACUAUUCCAUUAUCGGAUAACGUUGCCUUAACCACCCCUAUCUUGUCGCGUUUUGAUGUGGUUUGCGUCGUGAGAGACUUGGUGAACCCAACAGAUGAUGAGAGGUUGGCGAAAUUUGUCAUUGGAUCCCACAUGAAUUCGUUAGAUUCUAAGGAAGCUGAUGAUGAGAUGAAGGAAAUGGGUGAAAACCCAGAAAUGGAGGAAGACGAAGAGCUUGAUGGUCAACGUAAUGACUAUUAUGCCAAAUACGGAACCAUCGAUCAAGAGUUUUUAAUUAAGUAUAUUAAUUUCUCAAAGAAUAUCAAUCCUAAAUUGAAUCAAAUGGAUACCCAAAAAGUAACAAAAUUAUACGCCGAUUUGAGACGUGAAAGUUUGGCUACUGGUUCGAUGGCGAUCACCAUUCGUCAUUUGGAGGCGGUAAUUAGAAUUUCAGAAGCAUUUGCCAGAAUGAGAUUAUCAGAAUUCGUUAGUCAAUAUGAUAUUGAUCGUGCAAUUAAGGUGGCCAUUGGUAGUUUUGUUGGUAGUCAAAAGCUUUCUGUUAAAAACCAAUUGAGAAGGGUAUUUGCAAAGUAUUUGGUUUGA